AUGCAGCAUCAAUCUUCUCCUGGAACGCCCCCUCCAGGUCACACAGCAGCUCUGCAGCUACAGACACCAUCAGGUCACUCAGCAGUUACAGACACCAUCAGGUCACACAGCAGUUACAGACACCAUCAGGUCACACAGCAGUUACAGACACCAUCAGGUCACACAGCAGUUACAGACACCAUCAGGUCACACAGCAGUUACAGACACCAUCAGGUCACACAGCAGUUACAGACACCAUCAGGUCACACAGCAGCUACAGACACCAUCAGGUCACACAGCAGCUCUGCAGCUACAGACACCAUCAGGUCACACAGCAGUUACAGACACCAUCAGGUCACACAGCAGCUACAGACACCAUCAGGUCACACAGCAGCUACAGACACCAUCAGGUCACACAGCAGCUACAGACACCAUCAGGUCACUCAGCAGCUCUGCAGCUACAGACACCAUCAGGUCACACAGCAGCUACAGACACCAUCAGGUCACACAGCAGCUACAGACACCAUCAGGUCACACAGCAGCUACAGACACCAUCAGGUCACACGGCAGUUACAGACACCAUCAGGUCACACAGCAGUUACAGACACCAUCAGGUCACACAGCAGUUACAGACACCAUCAGGUCACACAGCAGCUCUGCAGCUACAGACACCAUCAGGUCACUCAGCAGUUACAGACACCAUCAGGUCACACAGCAGUUACAGACACCAUCAGGUCACACAGCAGUUACAGACACCAUCAGGUCACUCAGCAGUUACAGACACCAUCAGGUCACACAGCAGCUACAGACACCAUCAGGUCACACAGCAGCUCUGCAGCUACAGACACCAUCAGGUCACACAGCAGUUACAGACACCAUCAGGUCACUCAGCAGUUACAGACACCAUCAGGUCACUCAGCAGUUACAGACACCAUCAGGUCACUCAGCAGUUACAGACACCAUCAGGUCACUCAGCAGUUACAGACACCAUCAGGUCACACAGCAGUUACAGACACCAUCAGGUCACUCAGCAGUUACAGACACCAUCAGGUCACUCAGCAGUUACAGACACCAUCAGGUCACUCAGCAGUUACAGACACCAUCAGGUCACUCAGCAGUUACAGACACCAUCAGGUCACACAGCAGCUACAGACACCAUCAGGUCACUCAGCAGUUACAGACACCAUCAGGUCACUCAGCAGUUACAGACACCAUCAGGUAAAACACCUGCUUUCUUCAGUCGUGAUGUCAGGCUCUGAAGCAACAGAUUUAAAGUUUCUUUUGUUCCUGCAUCUCUCACUCUUCUCAAUAUAA